AUGAAAGUGAUUCAAUUGGGCGGCGCAAAUGACGGGCUCUGCUAUUUUUUGAGCUUUGGCGGCUUUGAAAUGCUUUUGGACUGCGGAGUAAAAUUGCAGUCGCUUCAGUGCGACAGAAAACCAGGAGGAGGCUUUGCCUACCGUCUACAGCUUCCAGCCCUAAGCUCCGUUGAUGUGGGCGCUCUGGACGUGGUGCUUCUGUCCAACCAUCUCACUCUGCUGGCCCUGCCACUGUUGACUGAGGACCUAGGCUUUAAAGGGAAGAUCUACGCCACGCAACUCACCCUGGACUUUGGUCGCGUGUUCAUGGAGGAGCUGACAGCGUUAAGUCACGGCAAGAGUUCUGCUGUUUUCACUUUUGAAGGUGUGGCCGACGGUCUGGAGACCGAACUUCCAAUGUACUCGAUGAAAGAGAUUGAUGAAUGCUGCAAGAAAGUUCGCUGUGUAGAGUACAGUGAGAAGGUACCCAUGUCGUACGGUGUUCAGGUUACAGCACUGAGCUCCGGGUAUAGCUUGGGGGCGAGUAUAUGGCUUGUGGAAGGGCCAAACGACCAACUGGCGUAUGUGGCUACGUCCUCAGGAGACUACAAUCGUCAUCCAAAAGAGCUAGACCUUUUGCCGCUGGUAGACUGUGAGACACUACUUUUGACGGACCUGAGACCGGAUCGAGAUCCUCGUUCCAACACGGAACAUAUGGUGGCUCGUGUACUCAGCGGAUUGAACCAUGUGCUCGAUCGCGGUGGCGUUUGCAUUGUACCUACGUCGCCUUGUGGCGUGAUGUUUGAUCUUAUAGAGGCCACCCAUGCUUUGUGCCUCAACAAUAAGCAGAAUGUACCGAUGUACUUUAUAUCAGACUGUGCUUCGCGCAUUAUGGAGCUUACUCAUCUUGGAGCCGAGUGGCUUUGCGAGAAGAAGAUUGAGAAGCUGUAUGCUGGUGAAAACGCAUUCUUACACGAGAACCUGAUCGAACGCAACUUGUUCCAUGCAGUCGGCGAUGUGUCGGCUGCCUCAGCCGCUGCGUUACAGGGCGGGAGCAUUCUCUUCGUGAGGCACCCGUCCCUCAAAUUUGGACAGGCACCAGAACUGAUUCAAGUACUGGGAAACGAAAGUCGCAACGCAGUUUUUCUGAUAGACGCAUCUGUCGAUCCAAUACAGGCGUUCGCUCCUUUCCGGGACUUGAAGAUUGAGAAGAUUGUUUGUCCGAUCGAUCCACGGUUGAGCUGUGGCGACGCCAAUCAGUUGAUUGCACGCUGCUCCCCUCACAACCUGAUUGUUCCAUACGAGUACACCAUUGCACCACCAGCAAGUACAAUGGAAGAGGCCGAAAUAUCAUCGCAUUUUUCACAAGUACUUCCACUUCACGAGUUGACAGUGGCGAAGUCAAAAGCGGAGCUCCUUACGUUUCCCAUGGAACAGUUCAAGCCGAUUGUGAUCGAAAAAGUGUCGAAGUAUUUGGAUGGAAGACUCGACUCUAAGCUUGCUGCACAGAUCACGAUUACCGAGGUUAGUGGAAAAGCUGCAGCCUGUGUGAAUGGUGUACUCAAUGUGAAGCGCAAAGCGUACGUGUUGGAACCAUGUCCAAGCGCCAUAUUGUCGCCUACUAGUGUGGGUGAUGAAGUCAGGCCGAAGAUGUCGGAAAAGCGCAAAUUGCCAUUGAUAGGUAACUCCGAUACCGCCAGUACGCUCAAGGGUAUUGACUUCAAGGAAAAGAGCAGCCUCCUUUUGGGUCAAGUAGAUGAAGAUGAGCUGACGAAGCAAGUAAAAACGCAUGACCCACAAGCGCAAGUGUACAUUUCACAAGGUCAAGGAGACGCAGACGUGUUCAUGAGCAUCCCUUCGCUUGACGCCCGAGUUACAUUGUGGAAAGAGGCUGGAAAGACACUUGUUGAGACAGAUAAAGAGGAUACUCGGGCUCUACUGACGUCAUUCAUUUUGGCGCAGCUGGUCGUCAUCCAUCAGGGCUAG